GCUGCACCUGCAAUACGUUUACACUUAACUGUAGACAUUUGUGUUUUUGUAUAGGUAAGAAUUCUUCCUUUCUGAGGGUGGUGCGAUGCAGAUCUCUGGCUGAAGAAUAUAGUGUGGAUUCAGUGAAUAAAGAUGAAAUCACCUCAAGCAUGGACAAUCCAGAUAGUGAGAUGGUCUUCUACCUCAUGCUUCGUGCUGUUGAUCGCUUCUAUCAGCUGCACUCCCGCUACCCAGGAGUUUAUAACUACCAGGUGGAGGAGGACAUCAGCAAACUGAAGCUCUGUGUGAACAGCCUACUGCAGGAGUACAGCCUCAACGUCAACAUCAAAGAUGAUUACAUCCAUGAGUUCUGUCGAUAUGGUGCCGCCGAGCCACACACAGUUGCUGCAUUUUUGGGAGGAUCUGCUGCUCAAGAGGCCAUCAAGAUCAUCAGCCACCAGUUUGUGCCCUUCAACAACACUUUCAUUUACAACGCAAUGUCACAGACGUCUGCUACCUUACAGUUGUGAAUACAGCUACUGAUCCUGCGUUUGCUUACAUAAAUGUCAGAGAGCAAGAUCAAAAGAAGGCAUUUACCUAUUUGCUUUAAUAAUUAUAAACCGUAAACUGCACACCACUCAGUUGGAAGAAAACAUUUUUGGAAUGGGAUAACUGCCAAAAUGUGUGCCCUUAAACCUAAAAAUGCUUCUCGUGCAGAAGAUCAAACGUUGGGACUGUUUAGACGAAAGGUUUCAUCAGCCACAGAGCCUUGCCUUCUUUAGAGUUCUUAAAGGGAAAGAAAUCAGGAUAGCACCUGCAGAGGAUUUCUUCAAACUUUUUUUUUUUUGUGGCUGACAUUAAACGAAGCUGGAUGUAAACAAACCUUCAUGUAAUAUUUUCAUCUGUGAAACUAUCACAGAUGAAAUUAUCACAAUUAUCACAAUGUAGCAGCACUUUGUAUACUUUAGCCACAACUGGCUGUUAAUGUAUUGUUUGGAACAAGGUGGAAGAUAUUUUUUUUUUUUUGUUAAAAUGUCUAAAAACAUGUAACAUAUUGUAUGUUGUAUUGAACUCACUUGUAUUACUAUAAAAACAUUCAAUAUUUUA